AAUUUUCUGGGAGCAGAAACAACCACUUUGGUGUUAUUUUGGAUGGUGAUUGUGUACAGAUGAACCUAACACUAAAUGAGAAUAUAAGUAAAACAUAUUUCUACGAGACCUACCAUUGGCUGAUAAUGAGCCUAUCAAGAGACAUCUCACACAUUUUCGAACCAUUGAAAUUGAGUAUCAACUCCGAUGUUCAUCUUGUAAUUCCGAACGAAAAAGAAAAUUUUAGUAUUUUUGAUGUUUAUAACCCAGCUUCUGAACACGGAGGAAUUGUGAAAGUGAUAUUUCUUGGAAUGUAUAACAAAGCUGUAGGGUAUAUGGCAAAAUAUUCUGGGAAUAAAUAUUGGGAAAGACGUAAUAUGACUGGAGUGAAUUUUAAGUCUGCUAUAGUGAUACCGAAUUUGACUAUGCCAUUAGAAACUUAUUUAGCUAGCGAUGAAGACAGACAAAUUAAUUCCAUGCACAGAUUCCAAAUGAUGGCUCUGUUUCCCCAGACAACUUGUUUCUACAAGGCUUUAGUGAAUAAGCCACCUGCAACACUUAUUGAUGAGUAUGAAUUGUUAUUCGAGGACCCCACAUAUCAAGAAGGAUACAGUCCUCCACAUUAUGUUGUGCAACGGUAUGUUAUUGCCUAUAAACAGAAGAAUAAACAGAAUACUGCCACCUGA